GAAUGCAGCAGCAGCCUGUAGAAGGAGCUCUCUCUGCUAAUCCAGCACCAAACGUACACAAACAUGGCGAUAGCACGGGCGGCCAGGAUGCAGUCGUCUCUUCGGUGUGCGCUGUCUCUGCUCGUUCUCGGGCUCGCCGGGAUAAAUUCGUCGACCCUCCGUCUCCACCCGGAGCAGCGCCACAUGCUGCCUCAGAACACAGGCUUUUUCACGAUAGAGGCUAGCGCGGAUUCCCAAGACGGAGCGCUGCCCGUGGCCGACCGCGGCACCUCUGAAGGCGGGUCGGACUCGGGUACCUACCCGCAGCAUCGAAGCCGCCGGAGCCCCGGCGACCCGGCCAUGCCGAAGGUGUACGGACAGGCCAACCUGAAUGACUCCCAUAACCAGAUGGUGGUCCACUGGGCUGGAGAGAAGAGCAACGUCAUUGUUGCCUUGGCCCGAGACAGCGCUGGAGCCACAGGGACCAGAACCAGCUCUGUGUACUUGUCCUAUGAUUACGGGACCACUUUCACGCUCGUCUCAGACAAGUUCCAGCUCUCAGGGCCCAAGUUCAAGGAGGGCAGCAAGCAGGUCAUCUCCCAGUUCUGCCACAGUCCUGCAGACAACAGGAGGUACCUUUUCGUAGACUCCACCAACAACUACCUCUGGAACACGUUUGACUUCUGUAAGAGCGUCCAGGGCUUCUCCCUGCCCUUCAAACCAACAGACCUGCUGCUCCACAGCAGAAGAUCGAACCUGGUGCUGGCCUACGACAGCUCCCACCCAAACAAACAGCUGUGGAAAUCGGACGACUUUGGGGAGACAUGGGUGUUGAUCCAAGAGCAUGUGAAGGCCUACUUUUGGGGUGUGGAACCCUAUGACCCCUCCACCACAGUGCUGGUCCAGAGACACGAGCCCCAGGGAGUCUCCACUAUUCUCAGCAGCACCGACUUCUUCCAAAGUGAACAGAAUCGCAGAGUGAUCCUGGAGCAGGUGGACAGCUUCCAGCUCCGAGACAAGUACAUGUUCGCCACCACCACCCGGAAACUGUUUGGCAGCCACGAUCCGUCAUCUGUCCAGCUCUGGGUCUCCUACAACCGCCAGCCGAUGAAAGCUGCCCGGUUCAUGACCCGCCAUCCAAUCACGGAGUACUACAUAGCAGAUGCAUCUGAGGACCAAGUGUUUGUGUGUGUGAACCACAUAAACAACGUCACACACCUCUACAUCUCAGACACACAGGGCCUGUCCUUCUCUCUGUCGCUGGAGAAUGUGCUGUAUUACAGUCCUGAGGGCUCUGGCAGCAACACACUCAUCAGGUACUUCGCCAAUGAGCCUUUUGCCGACCUGCAUCGCCUGGAGGGGCUGCGGGGCGUCUUCAUCGCCACGCUCAUCAACGGCUCGGUCAGCGAGAACAACAUGAGAUCUGUCAUCACUUUCGACAAGGGAGGGACGUGGGAGCUGCUUCAGCCACCAGCUGCCGACAGCCUGGGAGGAACUGUGGACUGUCAGCUCAGUAAAGGUUGCUCUCUUCACCUGGCCCAGCGCUGGAGCCAGCUGUUCAACAUCCAGCUGAGGAGGAUGCCCAUUUUAUCUAAGGACUCGGCACCCGGAGUCAUCAUGGCCACAGGAUCUGUGGGCAGGAACCUGGCCAGCAAACCUAAUGUGUAUGUAUCGAGCAGUGCUGGAGCCCGCUGGAGAGAGGCACUGGCAGGCCCUCAUUUCUACACUUGGGGUGACCAUGGUGGUAUCCUGAUGGCUAUCGCACAAGGAGGCGCCACCACACAUCUGAAGUUCAGCACCAACGAAGGGGAGACUUGGACCGACUUUCAGUUCUCAGAGCGGGAGGUGUAUGUUUACCAGCUGCUGACGGAGCCGGGGGAGAAGAGCACCAUCUUCACCAUUUUCGGCUCCUACGCAAACCAGAGACACAGCUGGCUCAUCGUCCAGGUCAACACCUCGGACGUUCUGGGUGUUCCGUGUUUAGAGGCCGACUACAAGCGCUGGUCUCCAUCAGACGAGCACGGUAACGAGUGUCUGCUGGGCCGAGAGAUCACGUUUAAGAGACGAGCUCCUCAUGCUACGUGCUUUAACGGAGAAGAGUUUGACCGGCCCGUCUCCGUCUCUAACUGCUCGUGCACACGACAGGACUAUGAAUGUGACUACGGCUUCAAGCUGAGUGAAGACCUGUCUCUGCAGGUGUGUGUGCCGGACCCCGAGUUCCUUGGUGACCUCUACGCUCCUCCGGUCCCGUGUCCUGUUGGUACCACCUACCGGCGCAGCAAAGGCUACAGGAAGGUUCCAGGAGACAGUUGUCAUGGAGGAGAUGUGCAGUCGAGGCUGGAUGGAGAGAUGCUGCCUUGUCCUGUCGGAGAGAGUAACGAGUUCAUCCUGUACGCGGUGAGGAACUCCAUCCACCGGUACGACCUGGCCACCGGCACAGACCAGGCCCUGCCUCUGUCCGGACUCAGGGAGGCUGUGGCUCUGGACUUUGACUAUGACAAGAACUGUCUUUACUGGGCCGACAUCUCACUGGACACCAUACAGCGUCUGUGUCUGAACGGCAGUACAGGUCAGGAGGUCGUGGUGAGGAAAGACCUGCAGAACGUAGAGGCCCUGACCUUUGACCCCAUCAGCAGGCUGCUCUACUGGGUUGAUGCUGGAGCGCAGAAGAUUGAGGUGUCUAAUCCUGAUGGAGAUCUGCGCCACACCCUGCUCAACUCGUCUAUCCUGGAACAUCCCCGUGCUCUGGUUCUGCUUCCUGGAGAAAGUCUGAUGUUCUGGACGGACUGGGGCGACCGAGCAGCCGGUGUUUACCGGAGCUUCAUGGAUGGAACCAAUGUGUCCUGCAUUGUGUCGGAGGGUGUCCGGUGGCCCAAUGGGAUCACAGCUGACGACCACUGGCUCUAUUGGACCGAAGCGUACAGCGACCGCAUUGAGAGGGCCGACUUCACCGGGGGCCAGCGGAGCGUCCUCAUGGAGGAGCUGCCCCACCCGUAUGCCAUUGCUGUCUUCAAAAAUGACCUAUACUGGGACGACUGGUCCAGAAUGGGAAUUUUCAAAGCUCCGAAAGCUGGUUCCAAGAGCAAUGAGCUGAUAGUUGGCAGACUAACUGGAGUCAUGGACCUCAAGAUCUUCUACAAGGGGAAGCAUCGAGGUCAUAACGCCUGCGCCGACCAGCCCUGCAGCCUGCUAUGUCUGCCUCAGCCCGGCCACAGGCACACCUGUGUCUGCCCGGACGGCACUCCCACUGUCACCAUGCCCAACGGUGAGCUGCAGUGCCAGUGCCCCCCCAACUACCAGUUCCAAAACAACACCUGCGUCAAGACUGAGCAUAGCUGUUUACCCAACCAGUACCGCUGCUCCAAUGGCCGCUGUAUCAGCAGCAUCUGGAAGUGCGACAGCGACAAUGACUGUGGAGACAUGAGUGAUGAGCAGGAGUGUCCGACCACAACAUGUGACCCAUCCAACCAGUUCCGCUGCGUGGCCUCAGGAUCCUGCAUCCCCCUGGCCUUUAAAUGUGACCACGAAGACGACUGUGGAGACAACAGUGAUGAGGACCACUGUGAGUCUCACCAGUGUGGCCCUGGGGAGUUCACGUGUGCACGAGGAGUUUGUAUCCGUGAGGCGUGGAGGUGUGAUGGAGACAAUGACUGCAGAGACUGGUCCGACGAGGCCAACUGCACAGUUGGCCACCAUACAUGUGAGGCCAGUAGCUUCCAGUGUCACACGGGUCACUGUAUCCCACAGCGCUGGAUGUGUGACGGGGACGACGACUGUCAGGACGACUCAGAUGAAGACCCUCGAUAUUGUGAUGGAACUCGGUGUAAAGGCUUCCUCUGCUCCAAUGACACCUGCCUGCCAGCGACCGUCCACUGCAACGGCAUCCAGGAGUGUCCAGACGGCGCUGAUGAGCACAACUGUGACCCCCUGUGUACUCGCUACAUGGAGUUUGUAUGUAAGAACCGAGCCCAGUGUCUGUUUCAGUCUCUGGUCUGUGAUGGGAUCAAACACUGUGAAGAUGGAUCAGAUGAGGACGCUGAGUAUGCUGGAUGUGCCACAUCGUCUGAGUUUGGCAAAGUGUGUGACGCCUACACCUUUCAGUGUGCCAACGGAGUGUGUGUGAGCCUGGAGUGGAAGUGCGACGGCAUGGACGACUGUGGGGACUACUCUGAUGAAGCCAACUGUGCUGCUCCCACUGAGGUUCCCGGCUGCUCGAGGUAUUUCCAGUUCGAGUGUCGAAACGGACGCUGUAUUCCCACGUGGUGGAAGUGCGAUGGGGAAAACGACUGUGGGGACUGGUCUGACGAGGCCCAGUGUACAGGCGGUGUGACUCCUCACACUGUGGCCCCUGGUCCCUCUACCUGCGCCCCCAACCGCUUCCACUGUGUCCACUCUGGAGCUUGCAUCAUCAACACCUGGGUGUGUGACGGCUACGCUGACUGUCCCCAUGGCAGCGACGAGCUCGGAUGUCCCACAGUUAAUGGGAGUGUGACGCAGGCUCCAGUGCCCACCCAGCCCUCUCCAGCUCCUGGCCGUUGCAGUCGGGGUCAGUUCCUUUGUCGCCGAACCCCGCACUGCAUCCCCGACUGGCAGCGCUGCGAUGGACAGCUCCACUGCGAGGACGGCUCUGAUGAAGCCCACUGCCCCACCCGUGGGCCUCUGUUCUGUGCCAACGGGACUCGCUGCUCUGAUGGUGAAGCCUGUGUGCUGGACGGCGAGUUGUGUGACGGCUUCUUGGACUGCUCCGACCACAGCGACGAGGACAACUGCACCUUGGACACCCUGGCUUACAAAGUCCAGAACCUCCAGUGGACACCAGACGUUUUAGGUGCCAUCACACUGACCUGGUCUCGUCCCAAGAACCUUCCCCUGGAUUCCUGCUACUUCCUCAUCUACUACAGACUUGUGGGCGUGCAGCAGUGGACCAUCAUGGAUACUCACAGCAACAAGACCAGCUACAAACUGAAUGUGCUGAAGCCAGACACCACCUACCACGUGAAGGUGCUCACUCAGUGUCUCAGCCGGCUGCACAAGACCAACGAGGUGAUCAGAGUCCGGACGCCGGAAGGAGUGCCUGAUCCUCCCCGGAACCUGCAGCUGUCCUGUGAUAACGGUGAGGAUGGGACAGUGGAGGUCUCCUGGAGUCCUCCUGACAAAGGACACGGCCUCAUCAGGGAAUACAUCGUUGAAUACAGUGAGCGUGGAGGUCUUGAUUGGACAUCACAGAGAUGCCUGACAACCAGCACUGAGGUGAAGGAGCUGCAGCCAGACAACCUGUACAGGUUCAGGGUGGCAGCAGUGACCAGUCGAGGUGUGGGGAACUGGACAGAGGUUAAAUCCAUCACUCCUAAGAAAGCUCUGCCUCCCCCCUCUGUGAUCGCUGACAGCAUCACCCCUGACUCCAUGAGUCUUUCCUUCAGCCUGAACUCACAGUACGAUGUGAAACAGUACAUUGUGAUUCUGUCGUGGCAAUUUGACAAACACGUCAAGGAGAGCAAGAACUUCACAGUAAGACAGGGGAUUCUCAAAGCUGCCAACCUGACGGCGGGAACCAUGUAUGAAGUGGCUGUGUGGGCUCACACCAGCAUAGGAGACAGUCCCACUGCCCUGUCCCAUCAUCAGACCGCCGGCACGCAGCCAGAGAGACCCUACCUCAAAACCAGGGCUCUCAAUCAGACAGCUGUGGACUGCACCUGGACCCUCAAAGGCCCCCCCGCUCAGAUGUAUGGUGUUUUUUAUGCCACCUCCUUCCUGGAUUUGUACCGGAGUCCUCACCUGGUCCGCAGCACUUCCCUCAGCCUCACAGUCACCGUGGACAGUGAUGAACAGUAUCUCUUCCUGGUGCGUUCCAUCUCGCCCUUCCUGGGUCCUCCCUCCGAGUACUCUGUGGUGAAGAUGAUUCCUAACGAGAGGCUGCCACCCAGGAACCUCCAUCGUGUGCGAGUAGACAAAACGCAGGCCACGCUGAAGUGGCAGCCGCCUUAUGACACCCCAAACACCGCUCUGACCUAUGCAGUCCACGUGCGGGACGUGAUCCGUAAAGUGGAGCUCGAUUACAAGGUGACCACACCGAACAACACAGUGGAGUACCUGCUGAAAGGCCUGGAGCCCGGAGGACGGUACAGCAUCUCUGUCCGCCUGCGCAACAUGAGCAAGGAGGCCAGCUUCACUCUCAGCACAGUUCCUCUUGCUGCUCCUGAGGCCCUGAAGAUUUUGACAGAGAAAGACCAUGUGAUCCUCCUCUGGAAGAGCCUGGCUGUCAGAGAGAAGGAGUUCAACGAGAGCAGGGGGUAUGAAGUGCACGUACAUGACAGCAUCACCAACCAGACAUCCUUCCUGGGAAACACCACAGAGAACUUCUUCCGCAUCAGCAGCCUGCUGGCGGGUCACAACUACACGUUCUUUGUGCAGGCCCGCUGCCUGCUCAGUGGUCAGCUGUGUGGGGAACCAGCUCUGCUGCUCUUUGACGAGCUGACAGCAGGGGCCAGUGACGCCUCCCGCAGUGAGGGCCACUCAGGGGACAUGGCUGCAGUGGUGGUGCCCGUCCUCUUCCUGCUGCUGCUCGGAGUGGGCGGCAGCUUGGUGGCACUCUACCUCCGACACCGCCGGCUGCAGAACAAUUUCACAGCCUUUGCCAACUCCCACUAUAACUCUCGCUUGGGCUCUGCCAUCUUCUCAUCAGGGGAUGAGCUGGGUGAUGAUGAUGAAGAUGCCCCCAUGAUCAGCGGCUUCUCAGACGACGUUCCCAUGGUCAUCGCGUAGCAAGACAUCCCUCCAUUACCUGUUUAUCUCUCCGCCCUCCGCCUCUUCUCUUUCUCUCUUCCCCCACCCCCACCCCCGAUCGCUCCUCCCCCCUCCCUCAAAUAACAGGAACCAUGAAGAAAAAAAAGGAAAAAGUCUAACAAAAGAAAGAGAUAUUUUUCAAAUAUACAAUGCACUUUUUUUGGGAUGCGCAAUAACUUAUUUUUUAUAAUACUAAAUAUAUAUAUGUAUGUUCGGGGUCAAAAAAGACUGGGAGGAGGACACUGAAACAAACUGUGAAGGAUUUGAGUUUGUGGAGGAGGGGAAGAGACCCUGUUUGUGAUGCAAACUCACUAUCCAUAAGAGUGGUUCACUGCUUAAAGCCAAAAUAAGCAUCCAGAUACUGAAAUAUAGAAUGCAAAAACAUUUUAAGAGUCACUAAAGAUGAAAAAAAAAAAUACAUAUUUAGAUAUGGUAUAUGCUGUAUACAAAAUGUACACAUAGAAACGGUCGGAGCAGUAACUGUUACAUCGUUUGGUAUUAGUACAGUGUGUACUAUAUAGCAGUGUAUGUAACAGUGGUGCCCAGGGUGAGAGUCGGAUGAGUUAACUGUGGAUUAUGUUUCUUCAUUUACUGAAUCUCAAUGUUUGGGAACUGUUCCUGUUAACAUAUUUAAACAGCUCCAAGACCGGAUUGACCAUUGGCACUUUGUAGUGUCCCCAUAGAUCCCCUUUUUUUUAACUCUGUUUUCCACCACCAGCACACUGUUCUAUGUCUGUAUGUAGAGGCAACAAGUGUCCCACGAUAGGAGAAUACUUCUGGCUUUGAGGGGGACGGAAUCCCUCGCAGCAUUGCCAAGAUCCUAACUAUUUGUAAAUAUUGGCUUUUACUAUGUUCUCUCCUUGUGAUGCUGUACAAUAUCAUGUGUAACCUUUUUUUUUUUGUUAUCAUUCAGGACCACAAAUUAUUGCCCCCAGCAUUUUUGCCAUAGCUGUAGUCGUAGAGGAAGUGUGUUUGGGGUUCUCAGGGAACUGUGUCAGAGCGGACACCAGCGCAGCACCACCACCAUCACCAACUGGCUUAGGCAGCACUGUCCAUCUACUGUUGAUUAGGUACAGGGACCUCUGAGGAGGUCGGGAUCAGCUGUGGGUGGAAGGACUGGCAGGUACACGUCAUUGUCAGUAGUGAUUAUGAAGGGUCAGGUUUGGAAAAAGGUUGAAAGGGCUGAUUCACGCAGAAAUACACUUACAUACGUGUUCACAUACCUCUGUUAGCAUGUAGUUGUAGUUCCACAGUUUUAAGAGAUCUGUCGCUGAGAUUUCUCGCGCUACAUGUUCACCUCUCUCUAGAGACGGUUAUCUUUUGCCAAAAAAGUCGCCAUAAACUCAAAGGUUCACCACUGAUGCAUUUGCGCAUGUGUGACUGGGGCCUUGUUGUGCAGUCAGACCUGAUUUUACUUUGAAAAAUGGUGAGGGCAGGCUUCUUAGCAAAUUGCAUGGCUAAUAGGCUAACUCUUAACCAAACAGCUUUUUAUGAAACAAUGUUUUUAAUUGUUCAAUCCUUAAAUUUGUUGACACUCCAGCCUGCUGUUCUGGCUCCAUUUGUUGUAAUUGAACAUUACUGGUAUAACUUCAGUAUGUCAAUAAAAUCCAGUUCAAGGCUGUUUAUAAACAAGUCUUUUGUAAAAAACGCUUUUUUAGAGAUUAUAGGGAUACAAAUAACUAUAUAAUUUUCCGUUGACGACAUAUCCUGUUUUCGAUCAUUCAAUUCAUUGUUCGUUUAAUGUGUCACAAAAUAGUGAUUGAUGUCUAACCGUAAUUGGCCAAUGCUGUUGUGACCGGGCCUUUCUUCUUUCUUUUCUAUUCACCCACAUUACACGGGUGUUGAGGCAGAAAUCUCAGAGACCGAUAUCUCAAAACAUUUAUGAACUAUAAAAGAAAAUAAUCUAGAUUGUAGGUCCUGUGUGAGAAAACAUACUUUCUAUUAUUUGGUUAGCUGAUCUGUCUAUCUCAGUAUGUACGAUCACACUGUUGUAAGUCCAUUAAUGUAUAUCUCAAAACACAUUUUUGAGAAUCCUCACCAUUGUUCUGCCCCCCCCUCCCCCUGACUCUGCACUAUAGUCCAUUAACUGAUUUUUAUGUUUUGCUUCUCAGCUUGAGCCAUUGGAACUGAUGGUGUUGUGCUCUUAUUGUUGUUUUUGUCGAGAUGUCUUCAUGAAUGUAUUUUAUACUGUAUCUAUACUUUCCAAGGUACUGUCCCAGCUCAUAAUGCUACUGUCGCCACCUGUGAGGUUUAUGCCCACUCCCUGGUUUUGUCCUGGCUCCAUAGAAUUUUUGUAAAGCACCCACUCUGCUGAGGACGACACAGGCGUUCUGUUGUUCCUCUGUAGACUGGCUCUUACAACCUUCAGCGCUCACAUCAUUAACCCAGAGAAGCAAAUCUUUUCUUUUUUCAGGUAAAGCCCAGAAUAUUCCUGAACCAUA